CUGCAAGCCUAUAUUUUAGCAUGGAUUUUAGCGACAACUUUAUCAUCUCCAAUACAAAAUUGUAAAGACGAACGACAGGGCUGUGCCGCAAUUAGAGCAUCGAAUAGCUGUGGCGGUGUAUUUCGAACAACAAUGAUGCAACAAUGCGCACGAACGUGUGGUUACUGCACAAUUGUUGCUCUAAGUGAAAAAGAAAUUGGAGAAUUUUCCACUUGUAAAGUUGAACAGCAAUACAUACUUUCUUUAACAGUGCAAAAUGCUCGUAUAGCUCGUAUUAUUAUUAAUUACAUUCACAAUGAUGGAAUGGAAAAAGGGAAUGUUACUUUCACUAAUGGAGCUGCUGUGGCAAUAGAUGUUUGCAAUGUUCCUAAGCCAAGAAUGGGACAAAUGCCUGUGCAAAGGCCUUCGGUACCUGUUGAGAACUGCCAAGAUCGCGAUCCAUUGGCUUGUUUUGAAUUAUUCAAGCCUGAGGAUUUGAAUAAUCCUCAACUAGGGAUGGUGCUCAUGAAUAACCAGAUGGAGUAA